CGUCCACACCCCUCAUCCCCGUUUUCCUGAAGUAACCUGUUUUCCCCUCACGCCCCCCAGAGGCGACGAUAUGCCUGUUGACUCAUCUAUCGGCACAGCAGCAGCAGCACGUCGCACUUUCCGCAAGUUAUCCACAGAGGAGGAGGUCGAAAUCAAACGUGCUCGAGGAGAAAUAUCCUGUGCAGAGUGUCGAAGAUUGAAACUCAAAUGCGAUAAGAAACUACCAUGUGGUUCCUGUGUCCGCCGAGGCUGCCCCACUAUAUGUCCAAACGGUAGUUUAUCCACUGGACAAGGAACACGGUUCGUACUUGCCGACACUGAACACCUGCAUCAGAAGAUCGCCCAAAUGGGCCAGCGGAUACGUCAUCUUGAAGAUGCUUUGGCCAUCUUUCAAGCUGGCGUAUCGAGUGAGGUUCACCCUCUCCUCGCCGAAGAUCUUCUCGCUAUCAAGCACGGGCCAGAAGUCGUGAAACCCACUCAACCCCCUGAGUCCGCGACAAGAAACGCGGCGCCUGUCCCUUUAGAUACCUUUGGCACCCUCACCAUAGGUGAAGCAGGAGAGGCAAAAUAUUACGGGAAUUCUGCAGGAUCUGAAACCCUAUUUAUUGCUGGUGCAGAGCUAAAUCCACAGCCUGAAGAGUACUCUAAAGUAUCGGAUGAAAUUACUCAGGUGUCAUCGAAAAUGCCACUGGGCAUACCUGGCUUCACUGAUCCUGGGGUAAUCGAAGAUAUCUUAGAAACCUUGCUCUCGCUGUUGCCGCCUUACCCCCGUGCCUCUACGUUAUGUGAGACAUACAUGGAGCAAGCUGCAUGGAUGUUCCGGCCCAUUCUUCGUGAUGAGCUCUUCGAUGACAUCUUGGCGCCAAUAUACAAGAUUUACAGGGAACGGAAGGAGGGUGCAAGAAUGGACUUGUCAUACCUCAGUCACACAUUGGCGCUUCUUUAUCUGGUCUUCGCUCAGGGGGCGCUUAUGGAUUUAACACUUCCUCCAUUCAGUGCCGACGCUGAGAACUACUAUGUCUUGGGCCGAAUGGCUCUGUCAACGCGUCCCUUGUAUGAGUUGCCCACGACUCAAACCAUCCAAUCUGUAUGCCUUGUAGCCUACUACCAAUUCAAUUCAGGGCGGCGCGAUGCAUUUGACGGCGCUUGGACGAUGAUGUCAUUCGCGAGCAAACUGGCCCAAACCAUUGGACUGCAUCGUGAUCCGGCCCGAUUUAAAAUGAGCCCUAAGCUAGUCCAACGACGUCGUCACUUGUUCUGGGAAAUUUUCUCUUCAGACCUAUUUCAUAGCUUGGCACUCGGUCGACCUCCGUCAAUCCGACUAAGCUACGUCGACUGCGAGUUUCCAGAAGACGAGUCAACGACUAUGAACUCCAAAGGCGAAAUUGAAAUGGGCUUCUGGCGCUGGAAACAUAGCUUUACCAAAGAUGUCUUUGCCCAGAUCAUUGAAGUCACAUUAACCGCUGAGCCGCCUACCUACGAAACCAUCCUUGAGCUCGAUCGCAAACUUCGCGAGAAGUCUCUGCCGCCUUCACUCAACCUCUAUCUGUCUAAUGGUAACGAUGAAGCUACAUCCCCAUCAACCUUCAUGCGUGGUCGGAUCCUGUCACAAUUCAGAACAGCCACCAUGAUUUCCAUCCAUCGUAAUUUCUUCGCUAAAGCAAUGCUCGAUCAUCCCGUCAAUCCGCUUAGGAGUCCCUAUGCACCUUCGUUCCUCGCAGCCUACCGUUGCGCAUCUGCUACUAUCAAAACAACAGUUUACAACUUUCAGCAAUAUCCUGGCCUAUUUUCCCGAUGGGCCACAGUAUGGAGCCAUUUGUUCAAUGCUGCGAUCAUUGUGGGCUGCAUUGUCACGAGAGCUCCUUCUUCAACAAUGGCGCCUGCAGCUCUAAUAGAGCUUGAUCUAGCAGUUGAUCUCUUCUACAAAGGGGCGGCAGAUUUCCGACGAGCGAAGGAUGGCUUGGCCGUUUUGAGCAAGAUGAAGGCCAAAGCAUACGAGGUCUUCGGUCAGUACCGGAGUGGCGGCGCCCUGCCAAACUUCUCCAACAAUCCUUCCACUCUUUUGCCCGAAAUCGGUGGUGAAGACGAGCUCGCAAUGUUCGGUGGACAAACCAGAAUUCUUGUCAGCAAAAUCGUGUCCCAGGGUCACCGUAAGAAACCUCAGUCCUCCUCCGCUAACUCCCCCGCAUCGACGACUAGCACGCCGUCCACAACGGACGAUAGUCAAUCGUCGGAACCUAUUCCGGAGGUGCAUCCCUCAUUAAUCGAAUAUCUUUCUUUGCUUCCAUCUACCUCCUCUGGACAAGAUCUCCAGCAUUCCGGUCAUUACACAGGGCCCCUCGGCAGCCCGAAAAAUAUAUUCAACUAUCCCAACUCCUCUCUUGAUGCCCAGACUCCCCAGACUCCCACCACGUUCAACAUGUCCCCUUCUUUUGCCAUGGCACAGAAUCCACGGGGACAGACUUUACCUGGCGUGAUGGGUGGCUUUGAAGGUUCCCAGGUGUACGGCGCUUCUUCAGCGUCUCCUCCUCAAUUUGACAUGAACAGCCUUGGAGACUUUGGUAUGAUGUUUUCAGGGGAUUCGGGAAUGGAUGAUCAGUGGAUGGCAUUCAUGCGCGACACGGGUGUAUUUCCUGACAUGAACAUGCAAACUGGGUCAUGAUUGAUUAACCGCUUUCUCUCGAUUUCCUGCUGAAAGCUUGAUUCUAGCAUUUGAACUAAUGUAUAGCACAAUUAAUAUGAAUGCAAGCCGAUAUAGAUAUCUUCCAUUGUAUUAUCAGUAGCUUGUAGCUCUGUGGUAGCGUAUGUUUUUAUUGUAUGUAAAGACGGGACAUGCAUGCCUUGUCUUAUUGUCUUCACCGUGUCUUUCCAUGGAAGACCUCUAAAAAUGCGACUUUGUCUUCCCAGCCAAGGCCAAUACGUCGUAACUUUCCCAGUUGGGCAAUAAGUGUGGCGGAAACCUCAGACAACACAUCGCCCGUUGGGUUUGGUGCAACCUCGCUGACCAUGAACAACUGAGAAUCCGGGGAUUCUGCAGGGUUUAGUAGUCGGAUGGAAACGUUAUGAGGAGGGAUAGCUGUCGAAAUGCGGUAAAGAUGGGGAAUAGGGUUCAAAGGCAACGGAACGGAAUGGGACAACGAUGAGUUGGAUGGCGUCGGAGGGUCGUAUCUUCACGCCAGAGGGGAAACGUCAGACUCAGGGAAGUAUUCACAGGUCACUCUCAUACCGUGCACACAUAAGGAAGACUCUGAAUCCUUUGACGGGGACCUGAUAUUCGGAGAAGACCUCGGCGAAUCGGAGAAUACCUCGGCCAUUGCUCGAUGUACACUCGGGAAAAACGACGACGGGCCCGCCGGCAGCUCGUCUUAUAUGCUCCAGGCUGCUUACAUAAGGAGAAGCCUUGGGUGGGGGGAAACCUGUAGCGCAUAUCAUGGAGAGAAGCGAAACCGGACGAAAGCCUUGGAUCGGCUGCCUCGAACUCUCUGCUCGUUCUAGGAGCCUCGCCGGUGCCUUAGCACCUCGUCGAUGAGUGUUAGUGACUGUGCCGUCCAGUGUAGUUGAUGUGACGGGAUGUUCCGCCGAAGACAACACAAAAACGGGAUCAUAUCUGAAUGCCAGCCACAAUAUUUCUAUCCAUGAGGACCAGUUCGAAAUGAUGAGGUCGCCGGCUUUUGGAUUCCAUUGCUUUUUCUGCACAACUUGCUUGCUUCGUUUUGUAGACACCAGAGAAACAGAUAUCCACCAAAUGCCCAUCACUGCUAGAGCUGAGCGCGCCAAAAGAGCAGUAAGGAGCCAAGAUAAAGUCCGACGUAAUGGGGGGAUAGGUGUAAAAACAAGCAAGACUGUCUGAACGGCGAGAUAGAGCAGGGCAAUCACGCAGACAAUGGAAGUGCGGACUAUUCCAAGAACCGAACCAACAACUGCAGCGGCCUUGACGGUGGCGUUGACAUCUGACGGGGGUUGAGGUAUCAAGAAAGGCUGAAUACCUGUUCCAGGAUCCCGGAACUGAGAGAAUUUCUCCAUUGGCUUCGCAAUACUAGUGUAAUUACUAGCCUUGUCCUCGAAAAGAGUGGUAAUCGACUGCAAUGUUGCUGCAAUGCGCCUCAGGCUUUCGAAAGUUUACACGUCC